AUGGCGCCACAGAAACUCACCGAUUACGAACUCAAGCGACUCGACAACAUUCGCCGCAACGAUGAGAUUAUGGCUGCCCUCAAAAUUCAUUCCAAAGCUGCCCAACUCUCCAAUUUCAAGCGUCAAAGAGGUGAAACCAAACCUAUAGGCGUGAAAUUGGAAAAGAAACCCAAAACCGAAACCCCAAUUGUCAUCAAAGUCAGACGCUCUCUGCGAACCAGGGGUAUUCCACCAGAUUGCGAAGGUGUCGAGGGAGAUUCGGUGGACCCCAUCACUUCCUCCAAAGAAGAACAACCUUUGGGUCCUCUUUCCAUGGCCGAUGCUCGUGAAAGCGAUCACUCUGAUAGUUCCUUCGUCGAAUCGCUAAUGGGUAUGGCUCAAAAUGAGGCACAAGAUGGUAGUGUUCAAAAAGGGAAAGUGGGGCAUUCCCUUGAGUUGGAAUCUCUGUCUUUGGAUCCCGAGAAUAUUGCGCGGGUUGUUUCUGGAAAGAUUACCAGUGUGAAGUUUUUCCCUUCCAGUAGUGUCAAAAUGAUUGCCGCGGGUAGCAAGUUUGGGAAUAUUGGAUUUUGGAAUAUGGGAGAAAAUGAGGUUCAUUUGUACCGUCCCCAUCAGGCUCCCAUUUCUGGGAUAUUGAUUCAACCACAUUGCUAUUCCAAGAUAUAUACAAGUUGUUACGAUGGAGUUCUUCGGCUAAUGGAUGCUGAGAAGGAAAUCUUUGAUCUGGUGUUUGAGAUUGACGAAAAAAUAUAUGCUCUUUCCCAACCAACAAAUGAAACAAACUGCCUAUAUCUUGCUGAGGGUUUUGGAGGUUUGACUAUUUGGGAUAACAGGAUGGGAAAACGUUCGUCUCACUGGGAUUUGCAUGAAAGUAGGAUUAACACGAUAGAUUUCAACUGUCAAAACCCUCAUAUUGUAGCUACUAGUUCCUCUGAUGCAACUGCCUGCACCUGGGAUUUGAGAUAUACUGAUAAGGAUAAGCUCAUAGCCCUGAGCACAUUUACCCACAAAAGAUCUGUCCAAUCUGCCUACUUCUCUCCUUCUGGAUGUAGCCUGGCAACUACAAGCUUCGACAACACGAUUGGUAUUUACAGUGGAGUUAACUUGGAGGAUGCGGCUGUUAUUUCUCAUUUCAAUCAGACUGGCAGAUGGCUUUCUACGUUCAGAGCGAAAUGGGGUUGGGAUGACAGAUAUCUCUUCGUUGGAAAUAUGAAUAGAGGGGUUGAUGUGGUUUCAGCCGUUCAAAGGAAAAUAGUUAUGACUCUAGAGAGCCAACACGUGUCUGCCAUUCCUUGCAGAUUCGAUACACACCCUUACGAGGUUGGGAUGCUUGUAGGAGCAACAAGUGGAGGCCAGGUUUAUAUCUGGACAUCGCGCUAG